AUGUUCCACCUCUUCUCCCACUGCUGGUCGUGGCUGCAGGCCAUCCAGGAGCCCAUCAGAAAGGUGACCCUCCUUGUCGUGGGGCUGGACAAUGCAGGGAAAACCUCUGUCAUCACGGACAUAGAGAAAGGUGAGGAGCUGCACCAGAGCCGGCCUCAGCUUGAGGCAGCAGCUUUAUCGUCCUUUGCAACCAAUGUGCAAGGCACGGGCUGUGCCGCGGGCAGCUCUGGGAGCGGGAGCAGGGAUGUGGCUGGGAGAAGAGGAGGCACAUGCCGCAGGGAAGCUCCCGGGUUCCUCUGCCAGCUCUCUGCCCUCUCCCCACACACAGCACUGGCUGGGGAGGUGCUGCCCGACGCACAGCCCGGUCAGACCCGCCUGCGGGUGGACAGGUUCGAGGUGACGCUGGUGGAUCUGCCCGGGGGACAGCGAUCCCGCAGUUCCUGGCGCAGCCACUACAGCGGGGCCCACGGGCUCCUCUUCGUCCUGGACUCCAGUGACCUGGCACGGAUGGAAGAGGCCCGCAAGGUCCUGAGUCGCGUCCUGAGCCAUCCCGACAUCUCCGGGAAGCCUCUCUUACUGCUGGCCAACAAGCAAGACGCGGCGGCCGCGCUGCUGCCCUGCGAGGUGAUCGAGCGGCUGUGCCUGGAGCGGCUGGUCAACGAGAACCGCUCUCCCUGCCGCAUCGUGAGUGCGGGGCUGGCCCCGCUCCCCGCUCCCUCUCCCUGCGGAGCUGCGCUACCCGGGCUGACCCCCCGCCUGCCCGCAGGAGCCUUGUGUCGCCAAGCGGGGCCCCCCCGCCGGCCCGGUCCGUGCCACCCUGCAGGGGCUGCGCUGGCUCCUCCGCGCUGCCGCCGCUCCGGCCCCGCCGCCCGCCGAACCCGCACCGCCCGCCCCGAGGGCCGCCCGCGCCCGCCGGCCCGCCCGCAGGUGCAUAAGGGGCUCCGCGGGUGCGUGUCCCCGUCCCCGUCCUCCUCCCCACAGCGCUCGACCUCAACCCCAUCGUGUUCUCGCCCCAGGGACCGGCCGCCCCCAGGGGAGGAUGCUCGAGAAGGUGCGGGGAAUAACGGGGACAACCGGCCGCUGCGCCCUGUCUGCCACCUCCUGCCCCUGGAGGAGAGCACUAAGGGCACCAGGAGGAGGAAGAAAAAGGUAAAGGUGAAGAAGAAGGUCUUGGGGCAGCCGAGCCCAGCUGAGGAGCCGGAGGGACCAGGAGAAGGGGGUGACAGACAUGCGGGGGCCGCUGGGGGGCUGCUGCUCCCCAACAGGGUCGGGCAGGAGGAGCCUGUGCCCACCAGGAUGGCCACACCCCACCCAGGUGAGAGGGGGCUAUGGGAGGCUGCCAGCACUGCUGGCACCAGCAUAUCAGGAGCCCCAGAGCCACCCUACAGGUAGGGUUUGGAACCUGGUAAUACAGCAGAAUGCUGGACCACUGGUCCCCGCCACCUCCAUUAGCUUUGCUUGCAGACCAGCAGAGUGCAGAGCAAGGUCACAGGAGUCUGAAGGGGAAGAGGAGAGACAUCUCUGAGCACCUCUGUAGGGAAUGGUGCAUGGAAGCAAUGAAGGACUGAGGACCCGCCACCAACAGUCCUCUCAGGUGGUUCAGUGACAAAGGUAUCCUUGCUCAGGUGUGGUGCCUGAAAUUUUGUGUUUCUCUAUCCAGUGCAGGGCAUGAAAAAGAAAAAGAAGAAGAAAAUCAAGAAUAAAAUUAAGUCGCAGGAAUCUUCUGUGGAGCAGCAGCAUGAGGAGGUCUCAAGCACCUUUGACUUGUACCGCCGGGCGAUGCUGGCUCUGAAGAUGAGGCAGGAGCAGAGGAAGCAGCCAUCUGCCAUCACCCCCUGAGAAGGGAAGGCACAAACUAGGGGAUGGGUGGUCCUAGAGGACCCAGCCUGCAGUGGCAGUGAGAUCCCAGACUGAAGUGGCAGUGGGAUUCAUGCAGGGCUGCUGGGGUGCUUUUCCGGGGCUGGCAGUCCUGGGCAAUAGAUUCUGGGGCAUGAACAGCAGCAUUGUCCUUGGUGUGGCUUGGAAACAGGGCAUUUGCAGGGACGAGCCAAAAGUCCCUUUGUAAGAUGCUUCUCUGGCAGAUGGCUGCAAACCCAUCUGAAAAGGGAACAGCCAGCCACUUGCUGACCCCUGUUAGUAUUCUGUGGAAGACUCCAUCUAAACCCAGAUUAGCCUGUGGAAGAGAGGAAGAUCAGAGCAAACGUCUCAGGGGAAAAAACCUUCAUCUUGAGUUGACCUAUGUCCCAGGAAAGCUAUCUUCACAGGUCAGGGGCUGACUUGGCCUGUCAGUCAGCCCCUGCUUACUGCCUGGAACAGUCUCAUUUCCCAGUGGUGAAGAUGGGAGGGCAGUCCCAGGUGGUCUGCAGAAGACCUUCAUCCAGCCCACAGCCACAUCUGGCAGUGUUGUCAGGACUCCCCUCACACAGGGAAGGAGGGUUAUGCCUGUGUUUGUGCAUGCAGCAUCCUGUCAGCGAAAGUUUAAGUUCAGUGGCAACUGGUGGUAGAGGCUGCUGGAGGCUCCUUCCCCAGGAUCGUUCUUCCUGAUACUGCCAUUCUCCCAGGAGGGACAGUGGUGACCUGCAGGAAAUGCAAAAUCCUCCCAUGUCACUGGCAGCCUGGCACCCUGCAGCCUCAGGCAGUCACUGCUCUGUGCUCAUCUCAGCUCUGAGACAGGACAACAAGCAACAUUUGCAUCUCAACACAACCCAUCUGUGACACAAGCCUGUCACAGGGACUGAGCUGUGCCAGAGGACUGAGCUUGUGCUGCCUGGCUCCAGUUGGGUGUAUGUGCUGGGAAACCAAUCAUCAGUCCUGGAAACACUUUAUGUGAAGUCAGGAGUGGGACGGUUUUCUCUUAACACCUGCAAGAGUGUUAGGACCUGAACUGUGCAUUAGUCACCUCUGUUCCCGUGAUUACUGAUAACAGGUCUUUGUGGUUCAUGGGGAGGGAAAAUCACUGAAUCCCCUGGAAGGGCUGAAAAGGGAAAAGAAGAGAGACUGGCUACACUGCCUUACCUGCCUGCUAUAAAGUUUUGUCUAACUCUGCUGGAUUCAACUGUCAGAGACUAUAAGGAUUCACUGUAAAUAAACUGUAAAUAAUAAGAGCACAAAUUAAUACUGGCCUGUCAAUACAUCACUUUUAGUAAA